CGCAGAGCGCUGCGGCAGAUAGCUUCUAUUUUAAGUCGCUCACCGUUUGUUUACCCGCCUGUUCGAGCAGCAACUUGCGCGUCCUGACGCUGUGAAAUGCCGGGCGAAGGUUCGGGAGGGUGAUCAGACAGAUAGAUUCACAUCCAGCUCCCUGAUGGAUGAUCUUAAAGGAGGAGCGAGAGUUUUGGAGAGUGGCAGAGGACCUGAAAGGUUUCUGGGCUGACCGUACACCUGUACACGAAGCAGUCAAAGAAGGCCAUGUGUUUAAGCUGAAGCAACUCAUUGAAAAUGGGGCCUGUGUGAACGUGGUUACUGUGGACUCCAUAACCCCACUGCAUGAAGCAAGCCUCCGGGGUCAACUCCAAUGUGCACAGAUGCUGCUUGCUGCUGGAGCAGAGAUCGAAGCCAGGAACAUUGAUGGGAGUACUCCACUUUGUGACGCCUGUGCUGUUGGUAGCAUUGAAUGUGUCAAGUUGCUGUUGACCUACGGAGCAAAUGUAAAUCCACUCAACUUCACGGCAUCACCAUUGCACGAGGCCUGUAUGAUCGGUAGUGCGGAGUGUAUGAGGCUGCUCAUUGAUGUAGGUGCAAACCUGGAGGCUUACGACUGCCACUUUGGAACCCCGUUACAUGUGGCUUGUGCAAGGCCACACAUCGAUUGUGCAAAGCUUUUGCUUAAUGCAGGGGCAAAUGUGAAUGGUGCCAAACUCCAUGAAACUGCUCUUCACCUUGCAGCCAAGGCUAAGAAUGUGGAGUUGAUCAAAAUGCUCAUCGACUAUGGAGCCAAUGUUUUUGCACAAGACAACCGAGGGCGGAAACCUUUGGACUACACUCAGUCUGGAUCCCCUUCUGCAGAGUGCCUGAAAUAUUACCAGAGUACACCAAUGAGCUUGGCACACCACUGCAGGCUGACCCUGAGGAAAGUGCUUGGUCCUCGAAGGUUACAAGCCAUCCACCAGUUAAACAUUGCCCCAAGACUCAUCGGCUAUCUCUGCUAUGACUGAACCCAAAAUAUCAACAGACAUUUCAAAAGACUUGAAGAACAUUAUUGAGAAUUAAAUGCAACAUCAAUUUUUUUUGUUUGUAAAGACAUUGAAUGCUUGUGGAAAUAUAGAAAUUCUCAGCACAGAAAGAGGCCAUUUGGCCCGUUCUGCUCAUGUCAGCUACAUGAAAGAUCUCCCAUUGUGCUGCUUACUGAGUGCACUGAGCAAAACAGAAACAUCUCGUCUCCUUCCAAUGGCACUUCAAACUUACCUCCGUGAACCAGCACCUCAGGAGUUAAAAAGUUAUUUUCUGUUUGUUUUGCUGAGAUUUUUCUGGUUGGCAAGAAAAAGUACUCUUAACCUCUGGCCGAUUGAAAUAUAUAUAAAUCUGGCAUGUAUAAUUUAAGAAGUUUAAAAACUUGUCGCCAUUGAAAUCUGCACCUUUUAUGUUACUCUCUUGACAGCACUGUGUCUGUCAAAUAAACUGGGGCCUGGGAACGCUCACUGUAGACAAUAUAUAAACAGAGAUUUCUUUCUCAAGAAAUAGCAAAGCAAACAAAGUCUAUUUAGGGAGUUUAUUUAUAAAGAGUCUGCUGCGUUCUGAGUCUGUGACUGAAGAAGUAACUCACCCUAUUUAAAAGCAGAGUGAUUUUUCUCUGGCGAGAUACAGUGAGUGGAGGAUAGUUAGAACAUGCAAAUUAUUUGGGUAAAAUCACUCAGUCUGUUCUCCAAGGUUUACUAAGGAGGGAAUCAGCCUGUCAUCAGCAUCUUGGCUGGGAAUAGUGCUUUCAAUAUGAGAAAGCACUCAUCCCUUGCCACAUAUUUCAGAUGGGAUUAGUUUCAUUUGACAUCAUGGUUGGCACAGAUGUUGUGGGCCAAAGGGUCUGAUGCUUUGCUGUACUGUUCUAAGUUCUAAUAUAAUCAGCUAUUACUUUGUGUGACUGUUGAUUAUAAAACAAGUAAAUUUAAUUGUGUGAUUUGUAGGUACUUGGGAUUUUUGUUGCAGUCUUGUCUGUCUCAGCACCAUCAUUUGGCCCAUUAUAUCUGCUAUUUCAAUUGCGAUUUUUAUUAAAUACAUUCUCGGGCUAUGGGUGUCAAUGGUCCAGCUAAUGGUAAUUGCCUUGAGCACUGGUGGUGAGCUGCUUUUUUGAUCCUUGUGGUGAACAGUGCUCCUAGGGAGGGACUGCUCUACUGAACAUAGAACAGUACAGUGUAGGCCCACCAUGUCUGUGCCAACCAUGACGUCAAUUUAAACUGCACAUAGUCUAUAUCUCUCACCUUUCCUGCUCGUUCACGUGUCUUUCUAAAUGCCUCUCAAAUGUUACCACCACAUUUGCUUCCACCAGUUCCCCUGGCAGUUGGGAAGUCAUGUUGCAGCUGUAUAAAACUUAGGCCACACUUGGGAUAUUGUGUGCUGUUCUGGUCGUCACAUUACAGAAAGGAUGUGGAGGCUUUGGAGAGAGUGCACCAAAAGUUCCAGGCACCUACCACCCUCUGUGUAAGAAAGCUUGCCACUUAAAUCUCCUUUAAACUUUCUCCCUCUCGCCUUAAGGCUAUGCGAUCUAGUAUUUGACAUUUCCACCCUGGGAGAUAGACUUCGACUACCUACCCGAUCUGUGCCUCUCAUAAUUUUAAUACUUCUAUCAGGUCGCCUCCUCAGCCUCCAACACUCCAGAGAAAACCAGCUAAGUUUGUGCAACCUCACCUUAUACUCUCUAGUCUGGGCAACAUCCUGGUGAACCUUUGCCGCACCCUCUCCAAAGCCUCCACAUUCUUCCCGU